AUGAGUCAGGUUUCGGUUGACACGGUUGCUGUUGCUGCUUUGAAGUUUCUGCUGUACGAGGAUGAGAUUGAGGGGAGUUGGGACACCUUCAUUGAUGGCCCACUGCGCUACAUUGCGUCCAAAAUCCCAAGACUUCGCCUGUGCCAGCAACCACAGUGUAGCUGCCCCCACUGGCAUAACGCGGAGGGAGUGAAGCCCAUGAAGCCAUACUUGAUGUUUGGCGACGCCAAUUUCUCCAAAGCACCUUUCGACCUGACACUGCCAGCCAGGUGUUGCUCCAGCACCUCCUUCAUGCAAGUGGAACUGCUGGCUGCUGCAGCGCAUCAAGCCCUGAAACCGGAGGCCAUUUUCCUCCCAGCAGGUCCCAAAUUGGAGUUCUUAGCAGGGCCUUUUCCUUUUGGCAGUGAUCGCAACAGUCUGCUGCGUGCCUUCCGCGCACUGAAAUGGGAAGCGCGACCUUUGCAGCCGUUGUCUAGCAUAGACACCAAAGGGAGUAUGUGGUUGGUACAAGCAACUGAGGAUCCACCCGACUCCAUACUACCAAUGAGUCAUGGUGAUGUCGUGGUGACACGCCACAAGAAGCCUAGGGAGGUUAAGGACCCCAAGCCGCGUCCGGUGGCCUCAGCUGACACCCUUGCCCUUUGCGGCAACAAUGGUACCGAUGGCUCCAAAGACCCAUGGCUCCCUAGUGACCCAUGGGGAGGGUUCAAAGCCACUACCCACACGCUAGUGGCAGCUGAUGCGACUGCAGGCCUGAAGCAGCUUGAAGACAAGGUCACCCAAGCAGUCCUGAGUAGCCUUCCAGCCCAACAGGUUGGCAAGGCGGAAGUGGAGGUGGAAGAGGCGGAGGCGCAAAUGAAUCAAAUCCGGGCACUGAUGUCCAAGCGCAGCAGGGAAGAUCACGAGUCCUCGCCAUUGUUCCGCAAAAGUUUGCGAAUGUCCAAAUCCAAGUUUAGCCAUUGUGUGGCUGGAGCCCCAGUCCCAUUGCGGCUGCGAUCUCAACUCUCCGGUGGUUGGAAAGGGGUUGCCGCCAUUGCCAAACACCCCACAAGAGCCAUGCCUGCGGCCUUGUCUGAUGAAGUUCGGCUGUCUAGUAGAGCCCUCGUCACUGCCACGUUCCUCAAUGGCUUGUGGAUUACGAUGGGGACCAUUUACGGUGAAUCUGCAGGCACCUGGCACCCAGACCAAUUGGCCAACAAUGACCGUCUUUUGAGUGAGGUUGCCACCCAAAUUUGCGUCCUGUCCUCUGGUUUGCGAGUCAUUGCUGGGGAUUUCAACAAUGGUGAGUUUGACCUUCCGUCUUUUCAAAUACUGGAGAUGCAUGGUUUCAAGGACUUGCAGACACUUGCUUUUGACAGAUGGGGCAUUGAAAUGCAAAUGACAUGCAAGUGCUCUACCAGAGUUGACUUCUGCUACAUCAGCCCCGAGUUGCAAGCGUUGCUGACGAAGGUUCAUGUUGACCAAACAAUAUGGCCUGAUCAUGCGGUCAUUUCCGGCGUUUUCCAUGGUGGAGUGCGCAGUGUUCCUCGCUAUGUUUGGCGACUGCCCCAGCCAAUGACUUGGCCUGCCUUCGAAGUUGAACCGCUGGGUUCCAUCUUGCCUGGCCACGCCACGGCCAAGUAUACUGAAAUGUGGCGACAUGCUGAACAUCGAGCACUUGAAGCCUCGGCCAAGCCUGUCAGAGCUGCCUGCCUUGGGCGUGCCACAACCUUGGCACCUCGCAAGACAUUUGGGCAGGCCCACGCUCCCUUGCGCGCGGCCCGUGAAGGUGACAUCUUGCCACAGUUCUUUGGAACUUCCCUGCAGCAUGCCUUGUGGUCGCCAGAUCUUACUUUCCAAGACAUCAAGCAGGCUGGCCCUGACAAUGUUGACCUGCUCAUUCGCCCCGAACAAGCCAAAGUUGUUGCCAUUGAUGGCAGCCAGCUGUGUUUACAGCUCAACCGGGACCUGUGCUGGGACCCUCAGAAGUCUGUUUACUGUGGUGCUGCGCGGAUUGAGGUCAUUCAUCAUGAGGCCUUCCAGCACACUUGGACACAGCGGUGGUGUCGCCAUGACAAAGUUCCCAACAGCCAAUGGGAUGACAUCCUGGCCUUUGCAUCGCGUGUUGUCCGGCCUGCACCUUGCAAGCUAGUUGAAGUUGACCACAGUCUGCUGGGUGAAGAAAUCAGGUGUAAGCGCCGUAGAACCUCCAAGGGCCUGGAUGGCGUCAGUAUCCUGGACCUCAAAGCUGCGCCUGCGUCCUUGCGCACUAACAUAUGCCUCUUCUACAAAGACGCAACUGAGACUGGGGAGUGGCCUAUAGCCAAAUGA